UUUGUUCGGCCAUGAUAGCCUCCAUGAGCCUCUUAGCCAUUGGCUGCUCGGAUUCUCGUCUCCGCUCUCGCCGGGAUCGGGAUACGAGUGCUGCCGCUGUUUUUUCGCUAUCCGGUGAACUGAAGCAGCGUCGGAUUCUAUCUUUUCGAACUCUCAACCGUACACCGCCGGCGUUUCAGAUUCCGUCUUCUUCCUCUGACCUCCUUUCACCUCCACGUGCAGUUUCCGGCGAUCUUUUGCAUGAUGCCGGUGCGACGGCGGCCGUCCUCACCGGCGCUUACUCGCUUGUUCUCGGAUUCAACAAUCUGGCGCGGCGGAAUUUGAUUCAACAGAAAUUGAGCAGAAAACUUGUCCACAUAUUGUCCGGAUUGCUUUUCAUGAUGUCUUGGCCUAUAUUCAGCACCUCAACGAAGGCUCGCUACUUUGCUUCCAUAGUUCCAACUGUGAAUUUCUUGAAGCUUGUUAUCAAUGGCCUCUCAUUGGCCAAAGAUGAAGGACUUUUAAAAUCCCUUACUAGGGAAGGAAAACCAGAGGAAUUGCUGAGAGGCCCUCUUUUUUAUGUCCUGAUGCUGAUUCUGUCAGCUGUUGUCUUUUGGCGUGAAUCUCCUAUUGGCUUGAUCUCACUGGCAAUGAUGUGUGGGGGGGAUGGCAUUGCUGAUAUAAUGGGAAGAAAAUUUGGGUCCAAAAGGCUUCCUUAUAAUGAGGGGAAAAGUUGGAUUGGUAGCAUAUCAAUGUUCAUCUUUGGAUUUUGCGUCUCCAUCGGGGUGUUAUAUUAUUACUCAGUUCUUGGAUAUUUGGAGGUGGAUUGGAUAAAAGCAGUCCAGAAAGUUGCUUUCGUUGCUCUUGUGGCAACUGUGGUGGAGUCUCUCCCAAUUGCCGAUGUUGUAGAUGAUAACAUAUCAGUACCACUGGUCAGCAUGGUAGCAGCCUUCCUGACAUUCAGUACUUAAUCUCGCGACCUUCUGUUUUUUUUUUACCUCUUUCCAAGACACCCCUUUUGGUAUCUUUUUCAACUUUUGACAUAGAUACUGA